GUAGAAAAAAUUGUUUGGAUGCAAAACGCACCGUCCGGGCAUUGAAAGUCUCCAUAAGAUUUGAAGCUGGAAGUUGGAAGUUGAACAACCUUGGAGCUACCCGCAUCGACUCCUCGGGCGGAAAUCCCAAUGCUGAUCCCCUCUCCUAAACCAUCUACCCCUUGGGACCCAACAAUUUCCUUUCCACCAUGAACAAAACCAGUUCUCUCUUCUCAACCACAACAUCGUCGUUUCACUCACUUCUCGUCGUCUCGCUCUCGGACCUUGAACGAGGCCCUAUAAUUCUUUCUCAAGGUACCAUCUUUGCUCAUCACCUCCAUUUCUUGUUUACUGAUUUAGUUCCAUCUUUCAAUCAUGGAGAUCCCGCUGUUAAGGUACCAAAACUUAGCGCUGGAUCAGAUUCAGAGUGCCUCUAGCUUCCGUUUAUCUUUCUCAGAUCCUAAGUUUUUCAGGCAUAGAUCUUUAUCUUUGUUUUCUGGGUACUGCUUUCCGCUUAAUAUUAGAAAAUGGAGGAACCGAUUGCCUCAUAUUAGGUGUUCCUCUGUGGAACAAGAGCUGAAGCCACGCCCAAAGCCCAUACCUUCUAAAAUUGAGGUUGAUGAACCAAAAGCAACGUCUUUGGAAGAUACCCAUGUCGUAAAACGCAAUUCUGGACUUUGUAGUCAGAUAGAGAAGUCGGUUUUGUACAAAAGGUACAGAGAAGCAUUUGAGUUGUUUGAAAUUUUGGAGUUUGAAGGUGGUUAUGAGUUGGCUAGUAGUACGUACGAUGCGUUGGUGAGUGCUUGCAUUAGUUUGAAAUCUAUUAGAGGAGUGAAGAGGGUUACUAAUUACAUGAUUAGUAAUGGGUUUGAACCGGAUCAGUAUAUGAGGAACAGAGUAUUGCUUAUGCAUGUGAAAUGCGGCAUGAUGAUCGAUGCGCGCAGGCUAUUCGAGGAAAUGCCUGAGAGGAACUUGGUUUCUUGGAACACGAUAAUUGGGGGCCUUGUGGACUCUGGGGAUUUCAUGGACGCCUUCCAGUUGUUUCUAGUUAUGUGGCAAGAGUUUUCUGAUGGUGGGUCACGCACAUUUGCCACUAUGAUUCGGGCAUCUGCUGGCUUGGGACUCAUUUUUGCUGGAAGACAGUUUCAUUCCUGUUGUUUGAAGAUGGGGUUAGGUGCUGAUAUUUUUGUAUCUUGUGCGCUGAUCGAUAUGUACAGCAAGUGUGGGAAUAUUGAAGAUGCUCAGUGUGUUUUUGAUGAGAUGCCGCGGAAGACAACAGUAGGAUGGAAUUCCAUCAUAGCAGGUUAUGCACUCCAUGGUUACAGUGAGGAAGCUCUGAGUAUGUACUAUGACAUGCGUGAUUCUGGUGUUCGGAUGGACCAUUUUACAUUUUCCAUGAUCAUAAGAAUCUGUGCUAGGUUGGCAUCAUUGGAACAUGCUAAGCAAGCUCAUGCAGGUCUAGUUCGUCAUGGCUUUGGAUUAGAUAUAGUGGCAAACACAUCACUUGUGGACUUCUAUUGCAAAUGGGGAAGGAUAGAAGAUGCCCGUCAUGUUUUUGACCAGAUGCCCCUCAAGAAUGUAAUAUCUUGGAAUGCCUUGAUUGCUGGAUAUGGUAAUCAUGGUCGGGGUGAUGAGGCUGUUGAGAUGUUCGAGAAGAUGCUUCAGGAAGGAAUGGUACCGAACCAUGUUACCUUUCUUGCAGUAUUGUCUGCCUGCAGUCAUUCAGGUUUAUCAGAACACGGAUGGGAGAUUUUUGAAUCAAUGAGUAGGGAUCACAAGAUUAAGCCUCGUGCUAUGCAUUAUGCUUGUAUGAUUGAAUUGCUAGGUCGAGAGGGGCUUUUAGAUGAAGCCUCUGCACUAAUAAGAAGUGCUCCCUUUAAUCCUACGGCAAAUAUGUGGGCUGCCCUCCUAACAGCUUGUCGAGUCCAUGAGAAUUUAGAGCUCGGCAAAUUUGCAGCAGAAAAACUUUAUGGGAUGGAACCUGAGAAGCUAAGUAAUUAUGUUGUGCUCUUAAAUAUAUACAGCAGUUCUGGGAAGUUGAAGGAGGCUGCUAGUGUUGUUCAGACUUUAAGAAGAAAGGGUUUAAGAAUGCUACCCGCAUGCAGUUGGAUUGAAGUUAAGAAACAUUUACAUAUUUUCCAUUCGGGAGAUAAAAGCCAUUCUGAAACAAGAGAGAUUUACCAGAAAAUGGAUGACUUGAUGAUCAGGAUUACAAAACACGGUUACAUCCCUGAGGAGAAGCAUCUACUUCCUGAUGUUGAUGAACAUGAGCGGAGAUCCUUUUACCACAGUGAGAAACUGGCCAUAGCUUAUGGACUAAUAAGUACUGCGGAUGGGACGCCGCUGCAAAUUGUGCAGAGCCAUCGCAUUUGUGGAGACUGCCAUUCUGCAGUUAAGUUAAUUGCUAGGGUUACAGGACGGGAAAUUGUAGUGAGGGACGCCAGCAGAUUCCACCAUUUCAAGGAUGGGAGUUGUUCUUGUGGGAAUUACUGGUGAUGGCAAAGUUACUUUAUUGACGAGCAGAUCAAACUUUGCUCUGAGAUAUCUCUGCCUUUGGGUUAUACUAUUUUAUAUGUAUUGUAAACAUAGAAUUAGGUCAAUCAAUAGAAGCAACAUCGCUUAGGAAAAUUGUUGUUAAGCUCAAUUUAUUUAUUUAUUUUAUAUUUUUAG